AUUUUUCAGACUGUCGCAUUACACGGAACUAGCAGCAUUUAUAUGUGUUUUCAUUGUUUUUUUUUCGCGCGAAAUCACUUCAAAUUCAUGUGAUUAACGUAUAAAACGAGUUUGUGCCCGUAAUCUAACACAAAUUUUGCAAAUAUUUAUUUAUUUAUUACGAAGCCCACACUUAUGCCAAUAUGUGUUCACAGCAAGCUGAGAACAUGCUGGUCAGAGACCCAAUACGGCAUAAAUUCCGCUCACGAUGCGUCUUUUGCAAAGAGAAUAUAGUAGGGAGGGAUAAUAUAAAAGUGAGACUUUCAUACCAGAAUUGGGUCCGGAAAACCAUGGAAAAACCGGCCUCAUUCUGGAGAACCAGGGGAAAUACAAUGAUGAGUUUUUGCAAUUAAAGUGCGUUAACAAUAAUGGGAAAAAAUCAAAUGAAAAAUCACAAACUAAAUCUAGAUUCAACUGUGAUAAGUAGCUGUCCGGCAUAGCUGCCACCUCAAAUCUCAUAGAAUUAAAAGGAAAGAGACAAAGGCAUUUGGUAACAUCUGGUGAAUUUCUAUGAGAUUUGGCGCCGCCAUAAUGCAGAAACCAGUACAUACUGUUUCGUGUGACAGCGACUGUUGUAAAACCAUGCUGAUUCGGUACAAGCAGAUGAGAUGCUUUUUGAUGAAUAUAUCAAACAUGAGUUCAUCGAAUAUUCUUGCAACGGAUGAUAGAAUACUAAUUGGACGGUCAUUUUCUACAUUAAUAUUGUCAACUAAUAGACAAUGCCGCCACAAGCGGGUUCAAAACUGGAUGCUGAAUGAUACUCAUCUUCAUUGACUCAAUUCCUUUUAUUCCUUUUACUGAAAGUGUUACAUUUGAUCUUAUCAAAUCAAUUGUUCGAUCGUUUUCGGCGUUUUUUCUAUCGGGUUGUAUUAAGGGCGUUAAUCAUAAUUUUUUUGUUGCAAAAACAAGUUGGCUAUAUUAAUUCAACUGUUCAAGCCUAUCAUAUUCAGAAAGUGUUUACUUUAAUAUUUUUUUAUUUGUUCCAGAUGUUGAGCACACAAGUCGGAGUCUGUCCAGUUGUAUUUCUGGCAAGAUGCAUUAAUAUGAUUCAGUACCGUCUUAGAAUUCUGACAGAAUAAACAUAUGUAAAAAAUUCGGAGUAAAUUAUUGCAUUUUAAAUGGUUAGAGUUAAAUUGGUGUUUUGGGUUACGUUGUUUGUAAUUUGUAAAUGGCGGGUUGUAUGUGAAACUGAACAAGAACAAGAACAAGAGCAUGAUUGGUCCCAAUAUCAAAAACUUCAUACCAUUCAAAUUGGUUUGAUCCAAAACAAACAUUUGGAUGAAUUUUUGGAUUCAUCAACAUAUUCCAUCAACGACAACCAAGUGUUCACCACUGACAGAACCAAAGUCAAACGAUCAUACGACACGGAACAAUGCAUAAGAGAUUUGAUACAAAUUCAAAAAGCGUUUCGUGAUAAAAACAGCAAUUGGGCUACGGAAAUGUUGGCUACAUGGGGCAAGCUGUCGCCGGUUGGAAUCGAUAAAAAUUAUGGAAAUUUUGACCGAUGCCACGAUUUAGAAAUGAAUAAGUCAAUAAACAUUGAAACUCAAUACUGCCUGGGCCGUAUUGAUGCUAGCAGGUCCGAAGUGAGAAAAAUCAUAUCUGAACGGUCAACAGUGGGUAUUUGUAUUCCGAAUUCGUGUGCACCAUCACUUAUUGCGAACAUAUUAGAUGAUUACUUGGUUUCAAACAAAUCGAUUCAAAUAUAUAUUGGAGCACACGAUUGUCGCUUUAAAAAUGACAACACAACUAUUUUUUUAAGCUACCAAAUUUUUAUGGCAUUUCUAACUAUGGUAUUUGGUUUAAUAAUUUUGAGUUCAACUUAUGACAUUAUAUUCACUAUACGCAAAGUCAAAAACCCAUUGUUGCUGGCAUUUUCAGCGUAUUCAAACGGGCGAAAUCUAUUUGCAUGCAAAUCAGAUCAGUCACCCAGCAUCAUGUCAUGUUUAGAUGGAAUACGUGCGAUUGCUGCAUUGUGGAUAGUAGCAGUUCAUUUUAAUUCUUUCUCAUCGAAGGUAAUGGCCAACCGAAACAACCAUGUAACUGUUGGUGACCGACUAGAAAAAUUUUUUUUGGCUGGCCGUUUUGGCGUGGAUACAUUUUUUGUAUUGAGUGCUAUGCUUGCGGCCAAUAAAAUGUUUCAAGUACUCUCGACAAAUGGUCGACUCAACAUUCCUCUUCUAUACUUACAACGUGUUCUACGCUUAUCUCCAGUGUUGACAGUUAUCGCACUUUUCAACAGGUAUUUACUACAAUUCUGCGCAAACGGCCCAGAAUAUAAUAAUAUUAUGGAUGGAUUAAGAAGAACGUGUGAAUAUUCACCAUGGGACACAUUAUUGUAUUACAGUAAUUAUUAUCUGAUUGAGUGCGUUCAUGGAUCUUGGUACCUGGCCACAGAUAUGCAGUUAUAUCUCAUAACACCAUUUAUGGUGAUGCUUAUGCAACGUUGUCCAAAAAGAUUCAUGGGUUUUUCAUUUGCGAUUAUUUUGAUUGAUUUUUUCAUUUUGGCAUUGAAUAGCGAACGUUUUGGUUUGGAAAACUAUUAUUCAGUACGAGCUCGCAUUUCUACAUGGUUGAUUGGAGUCAUUUUUGCUUACAUACUAUUCGAAAUGCGUUCAAGAAAACAUAUUCGAAUACCAAAGUAUUUGAAUAUAUUUCUAUUGACUUUAUCCGCGGGUGUAUUGACGAUGCUUUUAUAUACGUCCGCAGUUGUUGACAGAUCAGCCGAUUUCCUAUGGAAAGGAAGAGUUUGGUGGUCACUAUCGCUUUGCUAUAUCAUAUUCGCAUGCCUAAAUGACCAAGGAGGCAUCAUUAAUUGGUUUCUAUCGCAACCAAGUUGGCAACCAAUAUCACGGUUGAGCUUUAACAUAUUCUUGAUUCAUCAAACAGUAAUGAGUGUUAUGUUUGCUGAUCGUAAAGUAGUCUGGUAUUUCUCAGUUUUCACUCAGGUACAAGAACUUUUCUUAGUUUUGGCCAUUUCUUGUGCCGUUGCCGUAAUACUAGCAUUGACAAUUGAGAUGCCGAUAACAAAUUUAAGUCACAUUUAUUUAACCAAAAAGAAAAAGUAAUCGUUUGCAUCAUAAGGUAUAUAUAUGAUGUUGGAUAAUAUUGUAGAAUAACUUCACCUAUGUAGAUAAUUUAGCAACCAUAGAAAAGGUUGAAACUUGAAUUUUUUUUGCUUAUUAUUACUAUAAUGGCAUUAUGAACUUUAUACUUUUGCGCAAAACUCUCACAAGAUCCUUGAACAAAAAUAUAUCGUGAUUAUUCAGCUUAUCGUCCAUGUUGAUUGACUAAACUUUGAUUUAGUACAUAGUAUUGAAAAACUCAACAUUUUAUAAUAACAAAUAAACGCAUAAAUUUACACACAUUUCGAAA